UCUUAUAAAAGACCCAAUCAACCAGCACUGUUACUUAAGCCUAUAGUCACUGCUAUAGGUUGGAACUCUGUCAUAUCAUUACUUCAGGAGCUGUACUCCUUGCAGGUUGAAUAGGAGGAGAAAUGCUGUGGAGUGCGGUUCUACUCUUUUUAUCACUGGCUGUGGUAUCCAUUGUUGCACAAGAAGAAUGUCCUGACAGAUCUCUUCGUUUGAUUGGCGGCAGCAGUACAUAUGAAGGAAGACUGGAGAUAUACAUGAAUGGAGAAUGGGGCACAAUCUGUGAUGACUACUUUGACAAUGUUGAUGCUAGUGUUGUAUGCAGGCAACUCGGCUAUACAUCAGGUAUUGCAAGAGGUUCUGCUUACUACGGUGCUGGUAUUGGUUACAUAAUGUUGGAUGAUGUCGGAUGUACUGGAUCAGAAUCAACGCUAACCAACUGCAGCUACAACAGUGCUCACGACUGCACUCAUUCUGAAGAUGUUGGAGUAUCAUGCUCUCAGCCUUUGCGACUUGUUGGCGGCUCCAAUAGUUUGGAGGGUAGAGUUGAGAUAUUUAUCAAUGGAUCCUGGGGUACAAUCUGUGAUGAUCUUUUUGAAAAUGUUGAUGCAGCUGUCAUAUGUAGGCAGAUGGGAUACACUGGAGGUACUGCACGAGGCUCUGCUUAUUUUGGUUCUGGAACCGGUUCCAUACUGAUGGACGAUAUCCAAUGUACAGGAACUGAAAUUGCUCUCAGUGAAUGUCCCCACACCACCAGCCACAACUGUGCUCACUCUGAAGAUGCUGGAGUCACUUGCUCUCGUAAGCUUUCGAACUUAUGAAAUCAUAAAAUUAAUUAUUAUUAUUUGCAUUUUGCAGCUCAAAUUCGUCUCGUUGGUGGACAGAACAGUUAUGAAGGACGUGUUGAAGUAUUCCUUGAAGGUGCCUGGGGAACUGUCUGUGAUGAUUACUUCAAUGACAUUGAUGCUUCAGUUGUCUGUAGACAAGUCGGACUAUCUGGUGGUAUUGCAAGAGGCUCCGCCUAUUACGGAGCUGGUACUGGUUCAAUACUGAUGGACGAUGUGUCCUGUAUUGGGACUGAGUCCUCCAUUACCAGCUGUACUUACACCAGCAGUCAUAACUGUGGCCAUUAUGAAGACGUAGGGGUCUCUUGUGCUCGUGUCCCAGAUAUUAUUACUAUUAAGAUUUUAUUAAUAUUGUUUUUGUUACUAUUUAUAGCUCCAAUUCGUCUUAUCGAUGGUUCCACAAGUCAAGAGGGACGUGUUGAAGUAUAUAUUAAUGGAGAGUGGGGUACUGUCUGUGAUGAUGGUUGGGACGAUGUUGAUGCUGGAGUGGUCUGUAGGGAGCUUGGAUUCCCAGCUGCUGGUAUUGCUUAUAGUUCUGCUUAUUUUGGAGCCGGAACUGGUUCUAUCCUAUUAGACGAUGUUGCCUGUACGGGUUCAGAGUAUUUCCUGACCAGCUGUACCCACACCAGCAACCAUAACUGUGCCCACUCUGAAGAUGCUGGAAUAGCUUGCACUCAGGCUGUUCGUCUUGUUGGAGGUAGUUCAAUUUAUGAAGGACGUGUUGAAGUGUACGCUAACGGGGAAUGGGGAACUGUCUGUGACGAUUAUUGGGACGACACUGACGCUGGAGUAGUAUGUAGACAACUUGGACUAUCAGACAGUGGUACUGCAAGAAGUUAUGCUCAUUUUGGUGAAGGAACUGGUUCAAUAUUGAUGGAUGACGUAAUGUGUACUGGGUCUGAGUUACAGCUAAUGUUGUGUUCCCAUACCAGCACUCACAACUGUGCACACUUGGAAGAUGCUGGAGUGACUUGUGCUCCUCCAUUACGUCUUGUUGGUGGAUCCAAUUCAUAUGAAGGACGUGUUGAAGUGUAUGUUAAUGGGGUUUGGGGUACUGUCUGUGAUGAUGGCUGGGACGAUACUGAUGCUGGAGUGGUUUGUUCACAAUUAGGAUACUCGUCAGUUGGGGUUGCCUAUGGUUCUGCUUAUUAUGGUGCUGGCACUGGGUCUAUACUAAUGGAUGAUGUAGCUUGUACUGGAUCAGAGGGUUUCCUUGCCAGCUGCUCCCAUACUAGCAAUCAUAAUUGUGCUCACUAUGAAGAUGCUGGAGUCAGCUGUUUAAGUCCUACUGGUUCAUUACGUCUUGUCGGAGGCUCCAGCUCAUUUGAAGGACGUGUUGAAGUAUUCAUUAACGGGGAAUGGGGUACUGUCUGUGAUGAUCUUUGGGACGACACUGACGCUGGAGUAGUAUGCUCUCAACUAGGCUACUCUAACUCUGGUACUGCUCGUGGUUCUGCUUAUUUUGGCCAGGGUACCGGGUCCAUAUUGCUUGACGAUGUGGGCUGUACUGGGACAGAGAUUUCUCUUUUUUCCUGUACUGCUACCAGUAGUCACAACUGCGGUCAUCAUGAAGAUGCUGGAGUCACGUGUGCUGUUCCGAUACGUCUCACUGGCUCUUCUAGUGCUCAUGAAGGUCGUGUUGAGAUUCUUGUAGACGGAGCCUGGGGUACUGUCUGUGAUGAUUUCUGGGACGACACUGAUGCAUCAGUAGUCUGUAGAGAACUAGGUUUUUCAUCUGCUGGUAUUGCACGAGGUUCAGCUUAUUUUGGUCAGGGUACUGGGUCCAUUCUAAUGGAUGACGUCCAGUGUCUAGGUACUGAGAAUACCCUCAGCAGCUGUACUCAUAUCUCAACUCAUAACUGUGGACACAGCGAAGACGCUGGAGUCACCUGCCUAACUACUUCAAUCCGUCUUGCUGGUGGUGCCAACAGUUAUGAAGGAAGGGUUGAGGUAUUUGUUAACGGACACUGGGGCACUGUCUGUGACGAUGGUUUUAAUGAUAUUGAUGCAUCAGUGGUGUGUAGGGAGCUCGGGCUAUCUGACAGGGGUAUUGCUAGGGGGUCUGCAUAUUUUGGUGAGGGUUCCGGUUCAAUAUUGAUGGAUGACGUGGCCUGUACCGGGUCCGAAUUGAACUUGGCCACUUGUUCCCACACCAGUAGUCAUAACUGUGGCCAUUGGGAGGACGUCGGCGUGGUUUGUGCUCCACAAUUACGUCUUGUUGGUGGCAGCAGUUAUCGUGAAGGAAGAGUUGAGCUGUUUAUUGGAGGAGCAUGGGGUACUGUCUGUGAUGAUAGCUGGGAUAACAUUGAUGCCACAGUUGUAUGUAGACAGUUAGGACUAUCUGAUGGUAUUGCUCAUGGUUCUGCUUAUUUUGGUGAGGGUACAGGAUCCAUAUUGAUUGACGACGUCGCCUGUUCUGGGACAGAGUCCUUCCUCACCAGCUGUUCUCACAUUACCACUCAUAACUGCGGCCACUCUGAGGAUGCUGGAGUAUCCUGCUCCUCUCCAAUACGUCUUGUUGGUGGAGCCAGCAGUUAUGAAGGAAGAUUGGAGGUGUAUAUGAAUGGAGCCUGGGGCACUGUCUGUGAUGAUGGUUUUAAUGAUAUUGAUGCCUCAGUUGUGUGUAGGGAGCUUGGGCUAUCUGAUGGAGGGACGGCUAGAGGCUCCGCCUAUUUUGGACGGGGUACAGGGUCAAUCCUCAUGGAUGAUGUGUCCUGUACUGGAUCAGAACUGAACAUUACCAGCUGUUCUUACACCAGUAAUCAUAACUGUGGUCACUCCGAAGAUGUUGGAGUGGUUUGUAUACAGUCCUUGCGUCUUGUUGGAGGAUCUCACGAUUAUGAAGGACGUGUUGAAGUAUAUGUUAACGGGGAAUGGGGCACUGUCUGUGAUGAUGGCUGGGACGACACUGACGCUGGAGUAGUAUGUAGACAACUUGGUCUUGUAUCAGGAGUUGCUUAUGGUUCUGCAUUUUAUGGAGCUGGUACUGGCUCUAUACUAAUGGAUGAUGUAGCUUGUACUGGCUCUGAAGAGACACUGAGGACUUGCCCCCACACUACCAACCACAACUGCGCUCACUCUGAAGAUGCUGGAGUCAGCUGUAUCCAGCCUAUAAGACUUGUUGAUGGUAGGAAUGAUUAUGAAGGUCGUGUUGAGAUAUACUCCAAUGGGGCCUGGGGCACCAUAUGUGAUGAUUACUGGGACGACACUGAUGCUUCAGUAGUCUGCAAGCAGCUGGGAUUAGCUAAUGGAGUUGCAAGAUUAGCUGCAACAUUUGGUGAAGGUACUGGUAGCAUUCUAAUGGAUGACCUGCAGUGUACUGGAAAUGAAACUGAAAUCACCAGCUGUACCCACACCAGCAGUCAUAACUGCGGUCACUAUGAAGAUGCUGGAGUUUUGUGUUCACCUCCAAUUAAACUUGUUGGAGGCACCUCAAGUCUUGAAGGAAGGAUUGAAGUGUUUAAGAAUGGAGUAUGGGGUACCGUGUGUGAUGAUUCCUUUGAUGAUACUGACGCCUCUGUAGUCUGCAGGGAGCUUGGACUGGGAACUGGAACUGCUCGUGUUGCUGGAUACUUUGGUCCUGGUACAGGCUCUAUACUAAUGAGCAGUCUCCAGUGUACAGGAAUUGAGGGAUCACUGAAGAGCUGCUCCUACUCUACCAGCAAUAGCUGUCUACAUGCUCAAGAUGCCGGAGUUACCUGUACUUGUGUCUGAACACAAGAUGGAGCUCCUUCCUUUGGACAUUAACUAUUUAUAUAUAUAUUAUAGGACUCAGUUAUUAGUUUUUUUGAGUAGUUUAGUACAUGCUUUUUAGCUAGUGAUAUUGUCCCUUAGUUCUGUUAGCCUUUUUGGUUUUGAUCAAUCAUUUUCUCAGUCUAAA